UGCUGGGCGCGCACCCGAAAAGCGCAGUCUACUGCUGCCGGCGCGCGCCGCCCUUUCAUUCUUCGUCUGUUUCCGGAAACGGCCUGACGUCGAUUUAAAUACACUUAAUUAGGAAUAAAUUACAACAUUAUUCAAAAUUUUCUAACAAGGUGCAAAAUUAAACUUGUAAGAUUAUACUUCAAUUUAAAACUUCCAGUUUCUCUUAAAAAGCAUCAUUCAGUCUUUCGGGGUUUUUUUUUUGUCCGAAGUUCGUCAGUUUUCGACAGCUGUUUCCGAAAGUGAACCGAAGGCUGGCUCAUUUGAUUUAAAUAUUUUGAAUUCGAAGUAAAAUUUUGCAACGGGUGUAAAAUGUAUCGGGUUUGUAAAUAAAGCAUGUAUUUAAGUGUAUUCUUUUUAUAUAUAAAAAAAAAUAAUCGCAUUGGUUAAUGUAAUACAAAUGGUUUGGUUGGCGCGGGGUGUGUAGUUCUGUGUCUCAGGGUUGGGAUUUCUGGUUAAAUAUUCAAAAUGGCGGACGGAGGAGCAGCGAGUCAAGAUGAGAGUUCAGGAGCAGACUUCUUUUGAAAAUGCACAUCAAGAUGACAUGCAAGAAUCAAGAAUGAGUAAUCCGUCAGAAACGAGUAAACCUGCGAUGGAGAGUGGUGAUGGGAGCACAGAUGUAUAUACAACAGGAUAUGGUCCACUACAACAUCUAAUUUGCUGGGAUGUCCUGGCUGCAGGCAGCAAACUUGCAAGUGCCCAAACAAAUGGAUUGGACUUUCAGAGACAGUCUGUGCAAACAAGUGCAAUCACUAAUGCACAUGCACAGGCAUUACUUCAUCAGGUCCAGCUUGCAGGAGCAAGUUUACAGGCUGCUUCUCAGACAGUAAAUUUCCAGUCUAAAACAGAAGAAUCUGCUGAUUCUCAAGUCUCAAGUCAGCCUUCCAUUCAGCACUCAGUACAGGGUGCCCUCCCACAGACUCCGCUCAUGUUGGCAGGAGGACAGAUCACUGGACUAACCUUGACGCCCGCACAGCAGCAGUUGCUACUCCAACAAGCACAGGCUCAGCUGCUGGCAGCAGCAGUCCAACACUCUGCCAAUCAGCAACAUAAUGCCACCGGGGCAACCAUCUCUGCGUCCGCAGCUACUCCAAUGACACACAUACCCCUUUCACAGCCUAUCCAAAUAACACCAGACCUGCAGCAGCUUCAGCAGUUUCAGCAGCAAAACCUGAAUCUACAGCAGUUUGUAUUGGUGCAGCCGGGACACCCAAUUGCAACCCAGUUGCAACCGGCUCAGUUCAUUAUAUCACAGACGCCGCAGGGGCAGCAGAGUCUUCUGCAAGCUCAAAAUCUUUUAACACAACUACCUCAACAAAGCCAAGCUAACCUCCUGCAGUCACAGCCAAGCAUCACCCUCACUGCACAGCCAGCAACGCCGACGCGCACAAUAGCGGCGACACCCAUUCAGCCACUUCCACAGAACCAGACCACACCAAAGCGCAUAGACACUCCCAGUUUAGAGGAGCCCAGUGAUCUGGAGGAGUUGGAGCAAUUUGCUAAAACUUUCAAACAGAGGAGAAUCAAACUGGGAUUCACUCAGGGCGAUGUUGGACUUGCUAUGGGGAAACUGUAUGGAAAUGAUUUUAGUCAAACAACAAUCUCUCGCUUUGAAGCCUUGAACCUCAGCUUUAAAAACAUGUGCAAACUUAAACCCUUGCUUGAAAAGUGGCUAAAUGAUGCAGAGAAUUUGACAUCUGACCAAGCUUUGUCGAGCCCAAGUGCCCUGAACUCCUCAGGAAUGGGAAUAGAGGGGCUGAAUCGCAGGAGGAAGAAACGCACCAGCAUUGAGACCAACAUACGAGUGGCCUUAGAAAAGAGUUUUCUGGAGCAGAACCAAAAGCCUACCUCUGAGGAGAUCACAAUGAUAGCUGACCAGCUGAAUAUGGAGAAGGAGGUUAUCCGUGUCUGGUUCUGUAAUAGACGUCAAAAAGAGAAAAGAAUCAAUCCGCCUAGUAGUGGCAGCAUGAGCAGCACUCCUAUUAAAGCAAUCUUUCCAAAUUCUGCUACACUGGUGCCCAGCACUGCUAGCCUUGUGACAAGUAAUACACCGACUACACUGACUGUAAACUCAGUUCUGCCUAUAACAAGCACUGCUGUAACUAAUAUUGGCUUCACAGGUAUGAGGGACGCAGAUACUUCUGCAAUAUUGCAACAACUUUAUGCUUAUUAUCACGGCACAACAGGAAUUGGGUCUGCCACUAACACAGCAUCGGUGAUCUCAACCACACCGGUCGCUUCCUCGGCUGUGACCUCACCUUCACUCAGCCCUUCCCCUACUUUAUUACCUACAUCAGCCACAGAAUCGGUCAGCAUACAUGAGACCAGUACCACCACACAAGCAUCCGCUGCCAUGUCCUCUCCACUGGGUACCAGCCAGGUCAUGGUGACAGCGUCUGGACUGUCAGCAGCUUUGCAAGGAGCAGCCACGCAGCUGCCUGCUAAUGCAGGAUUGGCAGCUAUGGCAGCAGCAGCAGGGCUUAAUCCUGGUCUGAUGUCCUCUCAAUUUGCACCAGGUGGUGCCUUACUAAGCCUCAAUCCAGGAACAUUUGGCAGUGCUUUAAACCCAGCAUUGUUGAGCAACAGUACCCUUAUUCAAGCUCUUGCAUCCGGCGGGUCCCUUCCAAUAACCUCUCUGGAUGCCAGUGGAAAUCUCUUGUUUGCCAAUGCAAAUGCAGGGGGUAACCUUGUGACAGCCCCGUUGUUCCUUAACCCACAAAACCUUUCUUUGCUCACCAGCAACCCAGUCAGCCUGGUUUCUGCGGCUGCUGCCUCUGCAGGCGUUUCUGCACAGGCCCUGAACCUCCAAGUCACCUCAGCUGUGGCCGAAUCAAACCAGAACGUUGUCACUUCUGCAGGUGGGGCAGCUGCUGCAUCAACCAUCACUACCGCCUCCAAGGCCCAAUAAACUCAAACGUGGUUUUUUUUUGUUUUGUUUUGUUUUGUUUUGUUUUUUUCUUGUGCUUUUAAAGCUUGUUUUAGUUUGUUUUUUGCUGCCACCAAAAAAAAGAAACCCUCUGGAAAAAAGGACCUUCUUUCUACCCCAUGUGCCAGAAGCUUUUUUCAACCUUGACGUACAUCAGUCACUGUUGGUACUGCAAGAGACUAACUCUAAAUGAUUGUCUUUAUCUGUCAGUAGUUUCUCGACUGGAUCCUUGAGUGUCUCGACAUGCAGUAUUAUUGGCUGCUUGUGGCACAAAAAAAGUGGAAUAACUUUGCCUAAUUUCAGAUUUUUGGUUUCAGGACUGCUUCUUCACUAACAUAGACAAUUCUAACCAAAAAUGAGAUGAUAGACUUUAUCAGUUCAGUUAACAUAAUGAAUUAAGAUUCAUUAACAUAAGGGUUUUAAGUUCACUUAUAUAUGUUAUAUUAGGGUAUUGUUAUUUUAAUUGUAUUGGGUCUGUUGUACAGGCCUUUUUGUUUCUUAACAAUGUUUAUAUCGUGGUAAAAAAUAGUACUGGAUUUUUUUUUUUGUGUAAUUGCUGCAGUUUAGGCAGGCGCAUACUUUUUUGGGGGUGUAUUUGUGUGUGUACUGUUCGGAGAGUUACUUGCGUUUCUUUUAAGGUUGUAAAAUCCCUAAAUGAAAAUGUUGAUUAGCCGGCUCUAAAACUUGCCUCUUGCUUGAAAUGAAGACACUGGCAGUUUCCAUACGUCUUGGUUGUUGGGCAACAUUGCAACUUGACUGGCUCUUUAAUUUCUCGCUGGAAACACUGAUGAUAAAGCAGCCUUUUGUAUAAGUGGAUUAAUAGCAGCUACACUGAGGGAAUAGUGAUUUAAAAGUGUUUAUUCAGGGUUGUCUGCAAAAUCGCAUAUGUGCAAUUCUUUGUAAGCUUGACUAGAAGUUAAAUGCAGAAUAAGGAAAUAAAGGAAGAGUUUGCCAAAGGGAGGGUCACACUGCUGUGGAUCCCAAGAGUUUUUUGCCUAUUUCAGGUUAAGUUUUUAUUUUUUUAUUUUUUAUUUGAGUAGCUGCUGACCUGGAUUAAUUUCUAGCCAUGCUGUGCAAAAAGAACAGAGAAUGUUGUAUGCACACAUGCGAUUAUGUAUGCACUGGAAGUUUUUAUGCUCUAGUUGGUGGGUUCUUUGCUGUUUUAUAAAAGUCAUUUUUUUUAUUUUUAUUUAUCAGCUGAUCAAAUCGGGAUUUGUUACAUGGUGAUAAUCUAGUAGAGACAAAGGAUGGCAGCUGUAAUGUUAAAAUCACUGUUUGGGGGGUGGGGUGGGGUGGGGUGGGGCCUAAAAUUACCAAAAGGCUCACUCUGGAUGUUUUUACGGAUAGAAAUGUGAACUGAUGGGAUUAGGGGAGAAACUGUCUGUUACGUGAUGGAGUUGAUUUUUGUGUAGUAUGAUUUUAAACUUUUCCUUCUACAUGUGCACAGUAUCUGUACCAAAAAAAAAAACUGGAUAAUAACGCUGCAGUUCACUUACUUAGGGAAAAUAAGGAUUCUGUCAAGGGAGUUUUGUGAAAGCCCAGGACAAAUUAAAACCUUAUUUAAUGUCAUUUUUAAUGUAAUUAUAGUGUCUUAGAUGACCAGAAAAAUCUACAGUGCUGGGAUUGUAUGUGGCUUAACUAAGACCACUUAAGAGAUGAAUGCAAUAUAUAUAUAUAGUUAUAUAUAUAUAUAUAACUUUCCAAAGACUAGUUAAAAUUAAUUAGAAUAAUUUUGAAUCACAUCUCCCAAGCCUGUUCACUGGGUAGUGGUCUGAUAAUGAAAAAUAACCAAAGUGAAGCAAAUACGUUAAACUAGGGAUAAAGACAAGAUCCGCUAAUUCAAUCUAUUAUAAACUCAAUUUGAAAAUGAUAUGUUUUUACAUGAUUUUGUGUCAUUGGCACAAGCAGUGUAUCAUGAAGUAACAUAACAUUUGGGGAGACACUACUUUUUUAAUAGCUUGGACAAAGAAUGGUUGAGAAGUGUUUAAAAGAACUGAAGAUUUAGUCAACCACCAAGGAUUUUAAGAUUGAUCCUGGAAUUUUUUUUUGGUGGGGGGGGGUUGGUUUAUAAGUUUUGAUAAUGCUGCCUGGGUUUGUGGGUUUUUAAAAUAACACUCCUUUUUUGUUUCUUAGUAAGACUACUAACAUUUGUUUCUUUUUUUUCACUAAAACAAUUGAACUGUAGUCAAGAAAACUAACAUGGCUGUUUUUCUACCAAUAGUCAGCCAUCUUACAAAGCUUGAACCAAAGUCGUUUUCUAGCAAGCUGCUGUACCAAUGAGAUCGUAUGUAUUAAGUGCAGUUCAUGUGCAGUGAGGAUUUACAGGCUACUGACUUUCUUUUUUCAAUGCUGCUUUAUUCUUUUUUUUUUUUUUUUUGGCCAGAAUGUUCCCAUUUUGGUAAUAGGCUUUCAUCCUUGAAAGGGUUAGAGUAAGUGUAUUACACUUUUAGUUACAGUUGCGCAAUAACUUAAAUUAAGGGGAAGAAAAAUAUGCCUGCUGUGGAAAGAUCAUUUAGAAGAUUAUGUGUUAACACAGUUCAGUCGUCUAUAUUUCACGUAUAAUGUUUAAAUAAAUAAAUAAAUAUUGGGUUCAGUGAAUUUCCAAUUUAUCUUUUAAAUGCCUCCUUGCAUGUUUUUGACCUUUUUUAUUUAAAAUAAAAAAUCUGUUGACCAAUGCCGUCGUAGCAUGGUUUAUUUGUGAAGUUCUCCAGCAUUUCAUCACCUCUAAAAUACAACCACAGGUGUUAUGUUUUGGUUUAAUUGCUAUAAUGAUUUAAAAAAUGACAACCUCCCCUCUCCUGCAUCUGUAACUUGUAAUAGCAGGCAAAACCAUGUGGCAUGACUUACCAUUAUAUUUUAUUUUUUAUUUCUCACGUGUACCCAACAAAGACAGAACUGAUGUUGAUGCAUAAUUAUGAAAAAAGAUUUCAGUCCGUGGCUAUGACACUAAAAUUGACUAACUUUUAAAUAUGAUAAUACCAUUGAUACUGUAGUAACCUGCUGUAUACAGGUACAAGGGAUGCUGAUGUCGUCCAUCCCUGACCCCCGCCCACCCCUCAAAGAUGCUGUUGUCCCAAUUUCUAGUUUGAAGUUUCAGCUGUGUAUUUAAAUUCUUUAGUCCCAGUUUAAGUGUUUUUUGAAGCCUUACAAAUAAGGUUGACUUGUCUCUGCUUGCUUUCAAUCCCAUUCUUUGAACAUUUAUGAAUGGACACAUCCUGAGACUUGGUGGCGGCGGGCGGGGGCUCGGGGGGAGGGGGGGGGGUAGAUUCAGUAGCGUUUAUUGUACCUUACCAUUUAGUACUGUUCUAAAACUGUUCUUAUACCCUUUAAUCGAUGAAAGGCCCUUGUUUGUUUAAACCAGUGCAUUCCUUGCUUGCAUAUUUUCUUGUUUAAUUUCUUUUUUUGUUUAAGUGUUUAAAAAAUACCUCAGCAUAGCUUAGCAAUUUAUGCUCUGUCAUAAGUGAAACUGUAUAACUAUUGUCAAGAUCAUAUUAGUUCUAGAAUAUAGAUGAAUUGUCAAUAAUUUACUUACAUAAUUUUGCUGUACAUUUUUAAAAGAAAUGUUUAUAGGAAAUGAUACAUACUACUUUUUUGGGGGGUGUUUUCUUGUUCAAACAAUAAUUGAUUCUUGUUUUUAUCUACUUGCCAAAGCAAACGCCUUUUUCUCUUCAGCUGGUUUAUUUGUGGCCUGAACCAGAGCAUGCAUCAUGUAGCCAUUUACGUAGCCAGUUUGUGUAGCUCUCUUCUGUCUUGUUGGCUGGCUGAUGGGGUGAGUUGAAAGGGUUUAAAGUUACUCGGCUAUUGUUCUGGGAAGAAUAUUAGGGAAAUGAAAAGUAUUUUUGUCCACUUUUGUGUUACGAAUUGAAUGUAGUGGUUUUGUCAUGCUUAUAGUCAAAGCAACCUUUUAACUUCUUUUUAUGAGAACAAUGCUAAAUAAUUGUCUAGACCAAAAAAUAAAGAAGACCUGCUCCUUGCACCUGAAUGAUGGAUUUGAUACUGUAAAAUAGCUGUUGCUGGCGCUCCUUCCAGGCACCUUAUUGGGAAGCCUGGCUGAAUGGUGCUUAUUAGUUGAAUAUCAUGGCUUUGUGUAUCCAAUUUAGAUUGGGAGUUUGGUAAUGCAACUUCUAAGUUCCCAAUAUUGGGCUGUUAUGCUUUAUUGUGGAUGUUUCAUAUUGGUGGUUAACAAUCAUUUUUUUUUAUUUUUUUAUUUUUAUUUUUAUUGAAAGGGUAGGUAAGAUCACUGGUUUAUACAAGCCUGACAGUUCAUGAUAGCUUCAGAAUGAUUCAAUAUUUGUUUGUUUAUGAGCUAGCACUGAUAUAUAUUCUCCUCAGAAGGAGAAUCUGAAAAGAGAUUUGUGGCUUUGUACAUAUCAACACAAACCUAUAGGUAGUGCAUCUUUUUCAUGUUUUUAAAUGGGAGAAUUUUUUAUGGAUUAGAUUCUCCACUGUGUUUAUAAACCAGUGAACUUCUUGCCUAGUGUAUGGGUUACAAACUAACUUGUUUUUGCCUAGGUUGACAUUUAUGUUACAAAAACCUGUUUGGAAAACUUUACUAAUGACAGUAUGUGAAGGUGAUAAUAAUGGUAGUUGUGAUUUAGUUUUUUCUCUCUUGUUUGUUUUUUUGAGCUAGGUUGUAGAUAAUAUGAAUGAUGUGAUGAUUUAAAUUGUGUAAGAAGAGCACUUGGAACAAAGAUUUUAUAUAUAAAAGAAAGAAGUUCCUAUAAAACACAGAGGAAGAAAAAGAAAUUGCAUCACGCUGUUGAACACUAUUUGAAAGGUUAAAUGUUGAAGUACUAUUUGAAAGGUUAAAUUUUGAAGCUUGGCGUUUGUCUGGUCUACAAUCUUUUUCAUGUGAUUUUUGUGGAGGGGAAAAAAAAAUAACACUAGCUUUUGGGCAAGAUUGUAUUUUGUAGUUACUGCCUCUGGAUUGAAAUACCACAGUAUUUGUGCUAGUCUGUAGUUCAUGUCGAUGUUCCCUUUUAUUUAUUUAAUGUAAACUUGCAGUUUUUGUAGACGGUUUGUAUUAGGGUAAUUCCUUUUCUUUCUCUGUGUAGUAAAGAUGGGUGUGGUGGGUUUGUUGGUAUCCACUGCAGGUACAGGAGCUGUUGUAUACCUCAUUUCUAACUCGUGACAGAGUAAACUUGCUUUAAUCUUCUUAAAACCCCCUCAGAGAUGCUUAUUCAUGCCCGCUUAGUGUAUACUUUGUAAACCUGGCUUGUAUCAGCACCACAUGGCAGUACAGUUAGUAAACAUAAAAAAAAACAAAGAAAAAUAAAACAUGAAUGUCUCUUGUUUUAAAAGAGACAAUUGCAAUUUGAGUUGAUAUAAUUUUGUUAUACCUUUUCAUCCUAUAAUGAAAUCCUGUAAAUUACCUUGGCAAAAUUACUGUACUGAAUAACUUUGUUUCUUACAGGCAUGAACUCCCACAUUUUAUUUAUUUAAAGGAACCACUUUGUGACCAAAUGUAUACUAUUGACACUUUUUUUUUCUUUCUUUGUUAUUUAAUUAUUUGGGUAUUUUUGUUAUACUUAACCAAAAAGACACACAUCCUGACACAAUUUCUUCAGAUUAUUUUGACAAUCCUUAAUCCAGUUCGUAUGAAUUCUUUGAAUGUAGAUGUUUGUAUAACUGUGCUGCCAUUUGGCCUUGUAAUAGGCUAGAUAUUUCCAGAUAACUUCUUAAGAGAAAACCAAAGACUUCUUAAUGAUUGUAUGAACUAAACGGUCUUCAGCCCUACAUCAGCCUUUAUUUUAAAGUGGCACCUUUUUGUUUAGUAUGCAGAUUCUCAGUUUCACAACUUUAUUUGCUCCUUUAGGCUACGUAAAGGGAAUUGACGCUACUGUAAACAGUUAUUGGUUUAAAAGUCAGCAAGCAAAGGUUUAUGGCAUUUAACUUUUUAUAAAUACAAUUUUAAACUAAAUCUGCCUACAAAUCAAGGAGAAAGGCCUUCACUAUAAAAUGAGAUGGACCUCCAGGUGCUUUGUGAUUGGUUGAGGGACUGGAGACACAGGAUGUAAUUGGCUACUCUGAUGGGUGCUUAUAUUAACCCUUUGUGGGCUGGGUGAUGUGAAUUAAUACACACUGAGGUAUUCUUCUGAGCGCACUGCAAAUGCUUAGGAGAUGCUGUUCUUUAACUGCUAGCUUUUUUCUGAGGUUUUUCCUUUUUCUUCUACACUGUUCCACUGUGCAACUAUGCAUUGUAGUCCUCAACCUUAUGCUAGAUAGAUGUCUGUAAAUGUUCUUAUGCAUUGAAAACUGAAGGAUUUUUAACAGAUUUUUUUAACUUAGUGGGGGGUUGUGGGAUCUUACAAGCUCUAUCCCAAAGCAAAAAUCCAAAUAUUAAAUGUUCGCCUGAUGCAGAUACCAAAGAUUUGUUUCUUCUUGCAAAACCUUAGGCUUGUGUAUUAAAUGCAGUUACCCAGCACUUGCAUUUGUCUAACCUCAGUAAUUCCAAAGCUUAGAUGUAUAUUUUGGUAUAUUUCUGGGAUAAUUAAAAGGUUUUGUGUCGUUUUAAAAUUCUUGUUCGUUUCGGUGUAUUGCUCUCUUCAGUCAUAGCAUGGAGAAAAAAAUUACUGAACCGUCUUACUCUUAGUAGUUUAAAAAUAAUAGUAUUUUUGUAUGUUUUGGGUGUGUCAAUGUAUGUGAUAAGUUUUCACUGCCUGGUUAUUAUGAUUAAAAAGUGUACAUAUUAAUUCAGUUGUAGAUUUAACAUGAUGUGCAUUUUUUAUAUAUUGCAUUCACUGACUGCAGUUAUCAGUUGAAGAACUGUAUCCCCUUUUUAACCAGAAUUUUGACAAUAUACAUGGAUUUGUUUUGUGUACAUUUUUCUGUUAAUUUUAAAACAGUAGCUUUUUAUGUUUUAACAAAAAAAAAAAUCCCUGGGAAAUAUUUGGAAUUAACCUGAAUUUU